AUGCCCAUUCUGUGGGCAAUGUACUUCCUGAACUGUAAAUCACAAAGGGCCAACCUGGUUUGGUCACGCGAUGGCGGACCCCAGAAAACACGCCAAAUUACUCAUGAUCGCAUCCAAAGGGACAUGGUCGAUGGGCAAGGAAAAGCUGGAGCUCCAACAGCCGGGGAAUCGCUCGUAUAG